UCCGAAAUUAACAUAACCUCACUUUCACUACCAAGUUUAUUUUUAAUUAUUAUAAUAUUCAUUUACAUUUAAAUAGUAAGUCUCACGGUGAUGGUUUCGUAUUCAAGUGGAUGCAUUACCAAGUAUGUACAACUUUCUGGACCCUAAAUUGAGCCCCAAAGUGUCCAGCAGUGCCCCCGCGACUGACAAUUUCGAAGCCUCCAACUUAAUACAUGAAAACGGGGCAAUCCGAGCUCGUGGUUACUUGGCUUACACUGUAAUCCGCCCCCCUGUUGACCUAGAAUUUGAGUUUUUGUGCCCUAUCAAGAUUUCUUUUGUAACUCUUCAAACAAGUGUGGGGCGACAAAAGUGUACAGGAAUUGAACUUUUUGCGAAAAACUCCACUAUUCCGUAUACUUCAAUCGGAAAAGCUGUGUUUGAUAAGUCAGGAUUGAUCUUCUGUGAUAGCAAAACUUACUCCAAGACGAAACCGCCCCCUGGUCUUGACUCUGAUAAAGAAUUGUUUUAUUUUAAAAGCGAUCAAAGGCGUCUUUUCAGUGACACGACUUGUCUCAAAGUUGUGAUUUUUCGGACUGAUCGCAGCGUCCCGUGCUUGGGGGCGAUUAAAGUGUUUGGUAGCCUCUCUAGGAGUUGUUCUAAAGUGACAGUUGAGACAGUUGGGAGAAUCAUGGGGGGUACUCCUAAACCAGCUCCUCAGAAACAAAACGAAGUUGAAAGUGGAUUAAAAAUCCCUCAGGACUUUAUUGACGACCUAACUUGUGAAAUAAUGGCAAUUCCAAUGACUCUACCAAGUGGAAAAACUGUAGAUAGAGACACCCUUGAAAAACACUUAGAGAAUGAAAAAUCUUUUGGGCGAAAACCCUGCGAUCCUUUCACUGGACUGAAAUUUACUGAAACUCAAUUCGACAAAUGCGGCCUUGUUUGGCUUGAAAAGAGCCCUAGGGGGCGAAAAUUUUAAUUCAGAUAAUAAAAGGGCGAAAUAUGGAGAGAAAAAAGAGUGCUGCAAUUGUCAAAAGGACCAACUUUUAUACAAAAUUCCUUGUCAGCAUUUUUAUUGCAGAAAUUGUCUACUAACAAUUGAUGAGCUGAAGUGUAACUCUUG